CUAGCUAGUUUUCGGAGGAUUCAGUCGGACCUGCCGAGGCGAGAUAUUUCUCUUGAGAAGAUUGUUGGAAUGAAUAGCCGAAGAAUUCAUGCGGAAGAAGUAGACUAAAAUGUCUCUACUACAGAAUGGGAGGAUGAGCUACUUGAUGCAGCGAUUCUUCAAACAGCAGUUCAGGCAACAAUGCAGAAGGAGCCCAGUAGUUCCAAACCCUGCUCAUCCUGCAAGACAUGUCCAAAUCCUUACAGACUUUGGAUUCUUCAAGAAUGAGCGUCCAGAUGCACAGAUUCAUCAGAACAGAAAUGGCAUGCUAACAACCCCAAGCAUUUGGACAAGGGGCCAUGCUGGGGGUUCGACCAAUAAAACCAAACUGGUAAAGAAGGGACCUCGUCCUGGAAAGAAAGAUAAGCAGCAGCAUCAAGCAGAGGUAUUCCUGAAGAAGAAAGUGAUCGCUGUUUCAGGACCAAUGACGGUGAAACAGCUUCAAGAAGCUAUGGGUGUAGAGGAAGAUUACAUCUAUGAAUUUCUAUUAGAUACAGACGUUGACUUUUCUCCAUCAUCAGUUCUGAAGCCGUCCAUCAUUGAAGAUAUUGUGACUGAUUCAGACAUGCAUUAUCUACGUAUCAAGAAAACGAAGGAGAAACCAACCAAAGACAAGGAUGCAUAUCCCAGACCCCCAGCUGACCCCUCACUGCUGAAGUCCCGCUCACCUGUAGUGACCAUCAUGGGCCAUGUUGACCAUGGAAAGACCACUCUCCUGGACACGUUACGUAAGACCUCUGUAGCGGCCGGUGAGGCAGGAGGUAUCACUCAGCAUAUAGGAGCAUUCCAGGUUAAGCUUCCAUCUGGUCAAAUCAUCACUUUUCUGGACACACCGGGUCAUGCAGCCUUUAAAGCCAUGAGGGAACGGGGUGCUGAGGUAACUGACAUUGUGGUACUGGUCGUUGCAGCGGAUGAUGGUGUCAUGGAACAGACAAAAGAAUCUAUCAAAUAUGCAAGGAAUGCAGGAGUUCCCAUCAUUGUAGCUUUGAACAAAUGUGACAAACCUGAUGCUGAUCCAGACUUCACAAGGAAAGAUCUUCUUGCCAAUGACAUUGUCAUUGAAGAGUAUGGAGGAGAUAUCCAAUGUGUAGAGAUUUCAGCACUCAAGGGUAAUAAUCUAGAAGCUCUGUGUGAGGCAGUGAUGACACAAGCAGAACUCCAGGAACUGACCGCAGACCAGACUGGUCUAGCUGAAGGGGUCAUCGUGGAAUGCAAAGUGGACAAAGGAAUGGGGCCAGUGGUCACGCUGAUUGUCCAGCGUGGUAUCCUGAAGAAGGGGGCAGUGUUAGUAGCUGGAACAGCCAAGUGCAGGGUGCGUGCCAUGCAGAAUGAGAGGGGAGAGCCCAUGGAGCGAGCAUUACCCAGUCAACCUGUGGAAGUUACAGGAUGGAGGGAGACUCCCGCUGCUGGAGAUCAAGUCUUACAAGUUGAAUCUGAGAAGCGGGCCAAGGAGGUCAUCAAAUGGCGGGAGGAGAAAGCAUCCUCAUCCAAGCUAGAGGAGGAUGCGGUCGUCGUGGAAAAGAAGACAAGUGAGCAUCGGAGGAUGUACGAAGCACGACGAGAGGCACACUCCAAGAUGCAUUGGAGGGAGAUUAGGGCAGAGAAGGUGACAGCGAGGUUCCUCAAAGAGAAAGAAUCUACCCCCUCAGGCGAUCCUGAGCUUAACUUGAUUAUCAAAGGUGAUGUUGAUGGUUCAGUGGAAGCUAUCUUAGACACCCUAUCCACCUAUACGGCCCACCAACAAUGCAAACUCAACAUCCUCAACUUUGGAGUUGGAGUCAUAUCGGACAAAGACGUGGAGCUGGCUAACACGUUUAACGGUGCCGUUGUGGGGUUCAACGUGACUGCCACAGAGGAUGCCGAGGAGAUGGCAAAGACUAAAGGAGUGCCUCUCAAAAUGCAUAAUAUUAUCUAUAGACUGGUGGAUGAUCUCAGAGAGGAUCUGAGCAGUAGGUUACCACUGUUGGAACAGGAAUCUGUAAUAGGAGAGGCAGCUGUCCUACAACCGUUUGAGAUCUCUAUUGGCAAGAGGAAAGUCAGUGUAGCAGGAUGCAGGGUGGACAAGGGAGAACUCCAAUCAAGGGGUCUAUUCAAGCUUAUUAGGAGUCAGCAGACUAUUCAUCAGGGACCCCUGGCAUCAUUGAAACAUCACAAAGACGAUGUUAGCAAUGUGAAACGAGGAUUGGAGUGCGGCGUUAGGUUUGAAGAACAAUUGGACUAUGAGAUUGGAGACACUAUUAUAUGCUAUGAGAUAGAGAGAAUACCUCAGGAAAUUGAAUGGGAACUUGAUUUCUGAUAAUGGAUGAUAUCAAUUUAGUUACAUUGAACUGGACAAAUUCUAAAAACAAAUUAAAUUGUUGGUUGAUGUGAGGUCAGUUUUCUGGCAGAUUUUUCACACGGAAUGUGACAUAGGACACAUUAAAAAGUUUGUACUUGUGAAGUGCAUGUACUGUAUACAACAGUGGUCAAGGAGUUCCACUGUUUUCCUGGCUCGGUUAGCUUGUUUAAUUCAGUGCUCUAAGCAAACAAGGAAUUGUGUACUAGAUUUACACCUCCAUAGAUGAUGAAAAAUGCAGUUGUAAUGAUGUGCAGAAGCAGUAGCUGUUAUCGAACUCGGGCUACAAGAUCCUCAGCUUGAAGAAAAUAUACAAGACUGCUACAUCAGAUUCAGAUCUGGGAGUCCUUCGUGAAGGGACUGUCGGGUGUUCUAUCCAAUAUUCACCACAGUAAAUGUUAGAUACCUGUGCUUCUUAGCCAGUCAAAAUCAAGGAAAUGUUGUCCAGCAACAAAUGUUGAUGACAUGCUCUCCAGUAUGGAGGCACCUUUGAAUGUUUCUCACAGAUAAAUUGUCAGGUAAAAUCUAAUGUUCCUGUUGUAUGGGAGGAAACAAUAUUAAAAUCUGACAUUUACAAGCUUGAAAACUGAAUUACUGUAAAGACAUGGGUACUUCCAUAAAAUAUGUCCAUCUUGGCCCUGUCUCACAAAGACUUACAAUUGAUCUAAUCAAUCACAAAUAUGGAAAGCCAGCGACGUCAACAUCUAAAGUACUUUCUUCUACAAAAUGUUUUCUAGAAAUGAUGUUUUUCCAUACAUUCACUGUUUUCUUCUCAAUUCAGUAUG